AUGGAACGCCUGAAAUCGAAGCACACCGUCCGACGUUCGCAAAACACCUGGCUCAUCAACGAAGCUACUGCAGUUCUUGAAACUGCAGACCUGGCUACUCUGACAUUGCUGCUCGAACGACUGACUACGAGCAACAACGAGCUCCGUCAAAUUAAUACCGAGACCGAAGACCACAUCAGCGAUGGACACCUCGUAGCAGAAUACACUGCAGUAGUCCAGUACGAUGACGAGGCUACGAGAAUGAUCGCCGUGCUGGGUAGUAGGGCAGCUACCCUCCGGGAGAAGGAAAGACAACCGCCGCCUCCGCCAUCGGUGACGACGCAGUCAGCAACAGCGACCGGAGAAGCAGCACAAGCUAAUAGAGCCACGGGAGUCAAGCUUCCCAAGCUACGUCUCCAGACGUUCAACGGCGACAUUGGUGAAUGGCAGAACUUCUGGGAGCAGUUCUCUAGUUCAAUCCAUGAUAACGAGAGCGUCCCGCGCUGCCAGAAGUUUCACUAUCUGCGCACUCUUGUCACCGGACCAGCAGCUGCAGCGAUCGCAGGGCUACAAGCCAUUGACGCCUGCUACGAUGACGCCAUAGAGAUUCUUUCUGGUCGAUUCGGAGGCAGACGACGAAUCGAACAAGUCCAUCUGGCAAAACUGCGGACGUUGCCAUCCGUCAGUUCAUCAAACGACACCAGAGGUCUACGACGAAUGUACGACCACAUACAGACAAAACAUCCGCGGACUGAAGGCUCUCGGGGUUGGGUCAGACACGUAUUCCACCAUGAUAUCUGA